AUGACUUUUGGGCCUUCGGAACAGGAACGCGGACGAGAGCCUCGCAUCGCUACUGGCAGAGGGGGCGCGGGUAAUGUGAGUAGGUCAGAGGGUAUUGCAAGCUGCAUUGGACCUGGGAUGCCGAUAGAUGAUGGAUGAGAUGGUGUUUGAAGUGGCAAUGCGUGGUAAAGGAUGCAGCUAUGCUGCCUUGACCAUGCGCUACCAUCGUACCGGCAUGCGAUCGACCGCACGCAUACAUGCUGACGCAUUCUCUCUCUCUGCUCAUCAUUCGCCUCGACACCAUCUAUCCCUCUCCCUCCCUCGCAGAUCGGUCGCUCUCCAUCUCGCGAUGCGCGCGAGGCUAGUCGUACUCGAGAGGCGGGCGAAGCGAAAGCUCAAGCAGCCUAUGCGGACAAGCAGACCGUCAUCCACGGUGGUCGGGGAGGAGCGGGCAAUGUACGAUCGCCAUCUCGCGAUCCUACCGAGAGCCUUCGUCAUCAGCAAGAGCAUGCAAAGGAGCAACAUUUGCAGCAGGAAGCGAUCAAGAAGGAUCAGCACAAUUUCCACUCGACUGGAAGAGGUGGGGCUGGAAAUGUGAAGAGGGAUCAAAGUCAGGAAGAUGGGACGCGAGGAAGAUCCGAUGCUGGCGUUGGUGCUGUGAGUGCAACGGUGCCUUUUCAGGUCUGGAAAAGAAGUUUAGAAUGCGCAGUGUGUCUAUGCCAAGGGUGGUGGGAUGUUUGCGAGCACAAGCUCGGCUAAGAAGUCGUUGGCUGACGAGCUGCUCGCAUCCAACACAUUUGCCCCUCGAACCGCCGCUGCGCUGCAGGCCAUUCGUUCUCUCUCUCGUUCGCGUUCUCGCGAGCCUCGCAGCUCCAGCACGACUCGAAGCACGGGCGCCAAGGAAGGUGAUUUGGCCUCUGUCGACGAGUCUGCAAGCAGCAACAGCACGGCCAAUGGCAACAGUGGGGGCAACCAUGGUGGCUUGGCUCACAAGAUUGCGAGCCACAUACCAGGACUGCACUAG